CGUCACAACGACUGUUACUGAGUGUUUGUGUUGGUAGGUGGCGGGACGCUGGGGCAGCCCCGGGUCGUGUUGAGGGCCACUCGGGAUCAGUUUUCAAGACAGCCUUGGCCUGGACUUCAACACCCCGGCGCCGCUGCGGACCUAGAGUGUUUAUUACAAUGGAAGAAAUCAAUAAUUUCAAGACACCAAGCAAAUUAUCUGAAAAAAAGAAAUCUGCAUUAUGUUCAACUCCAUGUAUAAAUAUUCCUCCUUCUCCAUUUAUGCAGAAGCUUGGCUUUGGCACUGGGGUAAACGUCUACCUUAUGAAAAGAUCUCCAAGAGGUUUGUCUUAUUCUCCUUGGGCUGUGAAAAAGAUUAACCCUAGAUGUAAUGAUCAUUAUCAAAGUAUGUAUCAAAAGAGACUAAUAGAUGAAGCUAAGAUUUUGAAAAACCUCCAUCAUCCAAACAUUGUAGGUUAUCGUGCUUUCACUGAAGCCAGUGAUGGUAGUCUGUGUCUUGCUAUGGAAUAUGGAGGGGAAAAGUCUCUAAAUGACUUAAUAGAAGAACGGUAUAAAGACAACCAGGAUCCUUUUCCAGCAGCCAUAAUUUUAAAAGUUGCUUUGAACAUGGCGAGAGGGUUAAAGUAUCUACACCAAGAAAAGAAACUGCUUCAUGGAGACAUAAAGUCUUCAAAUGUUGUAAUUAAAGGUGAUUUUGAAACAAUUAAAAUCUGUGAUGUAGGAGUCUCUCUACCACUGGAUGAAAAUAUGACUGUGACUGACCCCGAGGCCUGUUACAUUGGCACCGAGCCUUGGAAACCCAAGGAAGCUUUGGAAGAGAAUGGUAUUAUUACUGACAAGGCAGACAUAUUUGCCUUUGGCCUGACCCUGUGGGAAAUGAUGACUUUGUCUAUUCCACACAUUAAUCUUCCAGAUGAUGAUGAUGAAGAUAAAACUUUUGAUGAAAGUGACUUUGACGAUGAAGCAUACUAUGCAGCUCUGGGGACAAGGCCACCUGUUAAUAUGGAAGAACUGGAUGAAACGUACCAGAAAGUAAUUGAACUCUUUUCUGUAUGCACUAAUGAAGAUCCUAAAGAUCGUCCUUCUGCUGCGCACAUCGUGGAAGCUUUGGAAAUAGAUGUCCAGUGA